AUGAAGUUGGACAAGCUUAGAAGUGAAAUUGAAUUGGUUCAAUCAAACGUUGAGAUUCUCCUCCAACCAAAUAGAAGUAUAUAUGACAAUUAUACUACAUCAAUACAAAUUAAUCCAAACAGGCAAAAAAAUAAAGAAAAACGUCGUCUUCAAAUAGCAAAACAUGGACAAGUAAAGAGAGUAUGUCACUAUAAUAACGAGGAUGCAUAUGAUACAAUUGACAAAGACAUACACAAAGAAGUUAGUAUCCAUGGACUUCAUAGCAUACAAUUAGAGGGGAAACAAGCUCAUCACACAACAACAUGGAAUUUUGGACCCCCUACAUACACAUGUCAAUAUUGUGGUGCUAUUUUAUGGUAUGAGGAACGGACUAAAAAAACUCAAAAUGCUUCACAUCCCAAAUUCUCUUUUUGUUGUAUGGAAGGACGUGUGCAAAUACCAUUAAUGAAAGAAACACCUCAUUUACUCAAAUAUCUCCUCGGAACAGAAUCUGGACAAAAGGGCUUGAAGUUUCGAAGAAAUAUAAGGGCUUAUAACUCCAUGUUUGCUUUCACAUCAAUGGGAGGCCGAGUUGAUACGUCGAUCAACAAAUCUAAAGGUCCUUAUGUAUUCCGAAUGAGCGGUCAAAAUUAUCACCAUAUUGGUUCAUUAUUGCCAGAUGGGAGGAAGCCAGAAAUAGAACAUGAAAUUGUCCAAGAAUUAUCUGAAAUGUUGGAUCAACAUAAUAGUUUGGUAAAAUCUUUUCGAAUGGCGAGGGAUAGAUUCAAAGAGCAACCUGGAUCUACAUUUCGUUUAAGACUCCUAAGUCGCAGGACUACAGAUGGUCGUCAGUACAAUAUGCCAACAGUUUCUGAAGUAGCAGGCUUAAUAAUUGGUGAUUUUAGUGAAGCAAACUACCAACGCGACAUUAUUGUAGAGCAUCGAACUAAUGGACUUCAGAGGAUCACUGAUUUGCAUCCAAGUUUCAUGUCUAUGACAUAUCCAUUGAUACACCCUUAUGGUGAAGAUGGAUAUAGAAUUGAUAUACCCUUAAGAGACUUAAAUCAGACCCCUUUUAAGAGGCAAAAGUUGACAAUGAGGCAACAUUAUUGCUUCAGGUUGCAGCAAAGAUUAAAUGAGGGGCACACUCUUCUCCGAGCUGGUAGACUACUACAACAAUAUAUAGUUGAUUCUUACAUGGCAAUUGAAGAAGAAAGAUUCCGUUGGAUACGAAAUAAUAAAAAAAAACUCAGAUCUGACCUUUACUCUGGCCUAAUGGAUGCUGUUCAUCGAGGUGAUUCAGAUUGUUCAAAAGAUCUCAAAAAAGGAAAACCAUUUGGAAAAAUAAUCGCAUGUCUUUACACAAUUGAGUUCCAAAAGAGAGGCUUGCCCCAUGCACAUAUACUGCUUUUCUUACACCAAACAAUGAAAAAUCCAUCAGCAAAUCAUAUUGAUGAAAUAAUAAGUGCAGAAAUCCCAGACGUAAAUAUCGAUCCUGAUGGUUACAGUGCAGUCAACAAAUUUAUGAUUCAUGGACCAUGUGGCAAGCUCAAUCCUAACUCUCCGUGUAUGAUGCAAGGAAAGUGCACAAAAUAUUUCCCAAAAAAAUUCAAAGACCAAACGAUUGUUGAUGCCGAUGGCUUUCCAGUUUACAAAAGGCGAAAUACAGGUAUCCAUGUUGAAAAGAAAAAUGUCUUCUUAGAUAAUCGAUAUGUGGUCCCUUAUAAUAGGAAUUUGAUUGUUAAAUAUGAUGCACAUAUUAAUGUUGAGGUUUGCAAUUACUCAAGAUCAAUCAAAUAUCUAUUUAAGUAUGUUCAUAAAGGGUCUGAUAGAACAACAGCAACAAUGGAAUCUAUUGACACUACUGAAGAAAUAGAUGAGAUCAAAACAUAUCUUGACUGUAGAUAUAUAUCAGCAACUGAAGCUUGCUGGAGAAUCUUCCAAUUUGACAUACAUUACAGACAGCCAGCCGUCGAAAGAUUACCAUUCCAUUUGCCUGGAGAGCAUACAGUAGUAUUUGAAGAAAAUAAUUGCACCGAAAAUGUGCUUUGCCGACCUGGAAUAGAGAAAACAAAGUUCACUGAAUGGUUAGAGACAAAUAAGAAUUAUGAGGAUGCGCGUGACCUAACUUAUUCUGAUUUUCCUACACGUUGGGUUUGGAAUUCAAAAGACAAAACAUGGACAAGGAGAAAAAAUGGCAUAGCAAUUGGAAGAAUUUACUUUGCACGUCCUUCAACUGGAGAAUGCUUCUACAUGAGAAUGAUGCUCAACUUUGUCAAAGGAAGUACUUCGUUCGAAAGAAUUAGAACAGUAAAUGGAGUGACAUAUCCUACUUUUAAAGCUGCAUGCUAUGCUUUGGGAUUAUUAGACGAUGAUAAAGAGUGGAUCAAUUGCUUGACUGAAGCUUCAAUUUGGGCAACCGGAAAUGAAUUAAGGCAUCUAUUUGUCAUGAUACUCAUUCAUUGUCAGGUUUCCGAUGCAUCACAACUUUGGAAAUCUAAUUAUACUGCAUUGUCAGAAGACAUGGUUUCAUUACAAAGGAAGAGAUUCAGAAUGAUGGACCUUCAACUAACUGAACAACAAGUGGAAGCAUACACAUUGUUCGAAAUUGAAGGUAUAAUGUUGAAGAUGGGAAAAAGUCUGAAAGAAGUAGAUGGAAUGCCCCUACCUAAUUCUUCUUUGAUGAGAGACUCGGGUAAUAGAUUGAAGUCAGCUUAUGAAGCAAUAAUACAUUCUGUGGAGAAUGAAGAAGGCAAUUUAUUUUUUAUCAAUGGACAUGGUGGUACUGGUAAAACAUUUCUAUGGAAUACAAUUAUUGCAAAGCUCAGGUCACAAUCAAAAAUAGUAUUACCAGUUGCAACUUCAGGUAUAGCAGCUUUAUUAUUGCCUAAUGGUAGGACAGCUCAUUCACGGUUUCGUAUUCCCUUGGAUGUAACAGAAGAGUCAACUUGCGAAAUUCGACACGGGACCCAAUUAGCUGCACUUCUUAUGAAAACCUCCUUGAUCAUUUGGGAUGAGGCACCUAUGGCAAAUAAGUUCUGCUUUGAAGCUUUAGAUAAGACCUUAAGAGAUAUUUUAAAAACAAGGUAUGAAAAUAGUACUACCAAACCUUUUGGAGGACUUACAGUGGUAUGUGGUGGUGAUUUCCGUCAAAUAUUGCCAGUUGUCCCAAAGGGUACAAGAGCUGACAUUAUUGAUUCUUCUCUUAAUUCAUCCUACUUGUGGUCAUUUUUUAAAGUAUAUCAGCUUAACCAAAAUAUGAGGCUCUAUAAUGGAAGUGUCAGUAGCUCCGAGGCUGCUAAAAUAGCUUCUUUUGACAAAUGGUUGUUGCAGGUUGGAGAUGGUACAUUAUAUGAUGACAUUGAUAGAGAAUUAAUUAAAAUUCCUUCUAAUAUAUGCAAAAAACCAUAUGAAGAUCCAAUGAAAUCUAUAGUGGAAGCUAUUUACCCUUCACUUUUGCAUAAGUACAAUGAUCCAGCAUAUUUGAAAGAAAGAGCUAUAUUAACGCCAAAAAAUGAAAUGGUUCAUGAGUUAAAUGAGACGAUUAUGAAUAUGAUACAAGGAGAAGGGAGAACUUAUUUCAGCUCUGACAAUAUAUGCAAAGCAAGUGUAAACACAAAUGAUGAAGACCUUCUGUAUCCACCUGAAUUUUUGCAUAGCUUUAAAUUUAAUGGCAUCCCAAAUCAUGACAUACGACUUAAGGAAGGUGUUCCUGUAAUGCUACUUAGAAAUUUGAAUCAAACAGAAGGUCUAUGCAAUGGCACAAGGUUGAUAGUCACCCGCCUUGGUAAAUGGUCAAUUAGAGGUGACAUCAUUUCAGGAAAAAAUAUUGGUCAGAACGUAACGAUUCCAAGAAUUAUCAUGUCUCCCAAUGAAUCAAGGUGGCCAUUCAAGCUCAAUAGACGACAACUUCCUUUAGCCCCAUGUUUUGCGAUGACAAUCAAUAAAUGUCAAGGACAAUCUCUUAAACAUGUCGGCUUAUAUCUCCCUAAGCAAGUAUUCACUCAUGGUCAAUUAUAUGUCGCUAUCUCUCGAGUCACAACAAGAGAAGGAUUGACCAUACUAAACGCUGACGAUGAGGUGGAAGACAAAACCUUCAUAAAAAAUAUUGUCUACAACGAAGUAUUCCAAAAUAUUACAUAA